AUGUUUUUGGUAGAGAAGGCCACUGCCUUUGCUGAUGUUGGAAGUUGGAAUGCUUUCAAUGCUAUUUUUUCUUUGCUCAUCUAUGGGAUUAUGUUGUUUCCUAGUAUGGAAGAUUUUCUGGACCUAGAAUUUAUUCACAUCUUCCUGUCCAAGAAUCUGGUUCCUACACUUCUUGUUGACACUUACUACUCGAUUUAUGUAAGAACUCAGAAGAAGAAGGGUACUAUUGUGUAUUGUGUUCCUCUAUUGUAUAGGUGGUUUAUCUCUCACCUACCCAACAAGAGUCCUUUUGUCGAGAACAAAUGUUAUCUUAAGUGGUCUCAGAGGAUUGUGUCUCUGACUACUGAAGAUAUUCUAUGGUACUCUAGAGUUUAUGAUGAUGUCAAGGUCAUUCUUAAUUAUGGUAAUUUCCCUAAUAUGCCCCUCAUAUGUACAAGGGGUGGAAUUAACUAUAAUCUGAGGUUGGCAUUAUGUCAGUUGGGUUACCUGUUGUUAUACAAGCCAGACCUCGAGCAUGUGAAUGAGUUUGUUUUGUAUGAAGGGUUUAACAAUAUGGAGUCACUAAAGAAGAUCUUCAAACCUUGGAGGGAGUUUCUUCUUCAAGGAAGGGUUGAGUUAGGGAAAAGGAAUUUCAUUUCCAAGAAAGCUUAUACGCAGUUGGUCAAGGUCAGGGUUGAAGAAAUUAUGUUUCCAUUUCCAUCUAAUCCAUCUAUGAACAUCCAACAACCUAUAAUUACAGUUGUUCCUACCUCCGAGGUUGGAAAACUUAGGAAAACUAUCAAGAGCUUAGAGAAAGAGAAUGCUGACCUCCAAUCUAAUCUUGGUAGGCUUACAAGGGAGAGGGAAGAAUUGGAGCUUAACCUUAACUAG